ACCUCGCCAUUGUUAUCCGAGAAUACCGGGCGCGAAUACAGGGCAAGUCGUCUAGCGGCGUCAUUUGAUCGUUAUUCGCAGGCUAACGUAAACGUCAGACCAUGGCUCUCCCACGAGUGUUCUUUGACAUUACCAUCGGCAACGAGCCGGCCGGUAGAAUCGUCUUUGAGUUACGAUCAGAUGUGGUGCCGCGUACGGCAGAGAACUUCAGAGCUCUGUGCACUGGCGAGAAGGGCUUCGGAUACAAAGGCUCGUCAUUCCAUCGCAUCAUCCCUAACUUCAUGUGUCAGGGGGGCGACUUCACUGCAGGAAACGGCACCGGCGGCAAAUCCAUCUACGGCAAUAAAUUCGAAGACGAGAACUUCCAGCUGAAGCACCUGGAGCCUGGCACCCUAUCUAUGGCCAACGCCGGUCCCAACACUAACGGAUCGCAGUUCUUCAUUUGCACCGUCAAGACCUCGUGGCUUGAUGGCAAGCAUGUCGUGUUCGGCAAGAUCGUUGACGGUAUGGACGUGGUGAGGAGCAUGGAGCAGCAAGGUAGCCAGAGCGGCUCGACCAAGAAAGUUGUUAAAAUUGCUGACUGCGGCCAGCUGUAAAAUUAAUUACGACCAUCUCACCCUUGGCAUUCCCGUUUUCAUUUCCACAAUUCUAAUCGAUUUCUGAACACCGCUGAUAUUCAGCAUUUAAUUAAAGAUUAAUUCAAACCUA